AUGGAGGGGAAGCGGACCCCCCCCCGGUACGGCUCGCUGGAAUCCACCCGGUGGCCGCCCGCCAGCACGGCGCCAGAGGAUGAGAUCAUUUCCAUGGCUGACUCCUCCACCACUAUUGAUGACAUCGAAGGGGAGCUCUUCAAAAUCGAGAGGAUCAGGGAGAUCCUGGUGAGGAGGGAGUCAGAGCUGCGAUACAUGAUGGAUGACAUUCAGCUCUGCAAAGAAAUCAGCCGGCUGAAAAAGGAGCUUCAAAAGCUCCUUGCCCUUCCUGAGACUGAGAAGUCCAAUGAGGAGAAGCAGAAGGAGGAGGAACUGGUGCAGCAGAUCCACAAGCUGGUGGAAACACGGGAUUUCCUGGUGGACGAUGUGGAGUUUGAGAGGCUCAGGGAGAGAGAAGAAGACAAAGAAAUGGCAGAAUUCCUGCAAAGUAAGCUCUCCAAAAGCUACCUCCAGAAAGCAACUCCUGUCAGAGAGAAGAAAAUGACUUCCAGGGGGCAGCAAACCUCCGCACCGUACAUGACCAAAACGGGCCUCACCCUGCUCAAGGAGUGCUGUGGCUUCACCUGCUCCAUCAUGUAGCUCCCAGCUCCUCUGCAUGGGACGUGACCACGGUCUCCAGCCAGAGUCCACAACCUGCUCUCCUCUGAGAGUUCCAACCUCCCGUCAUUAUUCACGCUUCCCACUGCAGCACUGCUACCGACGAGACUUUCCAUGCAGGCUGGUGCAAGCUUGAAUGAUGGCAUGUUUCCUUGGUGCCACAUCAAUGGCCAAACCUCCAUGACAUCAACAAACACUGAAUUCCACCUUAGCUCAGCUUGGAAGAGAUGUGUGCAGCAAACAAGAAUAUCCAGUGAUAUUCUUCACCUGGACAGGGCAACUAAACAAGCAUUGGAGCUGAUAUGUGGGGAGCAUCCACCAUCCCUGGACAUGUUGUUGUUGCAGAUCUCAUCCUUGGCCUUGUACCACCUUGUGAGUCUCUGUGGGCUGAUUCCAAAGGAUUCUUCGUGGGGAAUGUCUCUGGUCAGGGUUUUGUUGUGCUUGCAUUGGUUUUAUGGCUCUGGGUAGGGCUGUGGGAGGGAAGGGCCAUCCCUAAAGGCAACUGAACGAAGGGCUGAUUUUUGUGAAGUUGUCACCUGAGCACAGACGUGGUGUGUUGAAUUACAGGCAGAUGAGCUGCCCUCCCCAGCUCACUGUUACUGGGUUCAGUUUCAGCUCCAAAGGAAAAGGAAACCAGAGCAAAGCAGGAAAGGAGAAAAAAAUCAGAAGAUCAGGGGAAAAUGCAAUGGGAAAUGGAAACCAAACAGGAGAUGAGAAACAUGGCAGGGAUGGUUGGAGAGAGCAGGUGAGGGACACCUGCACUGCCAGGAGGGCAUUCAGCCCUGACCACCAGUGCCCACCAGUGCCUCCAGGCCUGGCACCAUGACCAGCACGUAAUCCCUGUGUGAAAGAUCACAGCACCACGAGGUCUCCCAGUGCCUCAGAUGCUGGUGUCCCCUCUGAGCAUGUCAGCAUUUUGAUCCAUGUUUACAUGGCACAACUGGAGCUGCUAAUGGCUAUCAUGACAGC